AUGUAUUGUAUAAGACAAUUGGAGACAUUUAGGCCGCCUAUUAAGCAUUUUCUAGUACUUUAUAGGAGGAUUUAUGAUAGGAGAAAUAGUAUUUUAAAUCCAGGACUGAGCAGGAGGUUUAAUACAGGAAAACAAGUGCAAUUGGAAGGAGAAAAAAGAAAGUUUUCAGAAGAAAAAAAGGAGUUAUUGGGGAGAAAUGAGCAAAUAAAGGAAGCCAAGGAGACUCUGCAUGCAUAUGGAAGCUAUAUUAUGAGCUGUCUGCCGAAAUUUGUGCAGCAAUUUGGGGUGUGGAAGGAUGAAUUGGUUAUUUAUACGUCGCCGGGAGGAUUGAUUCCAAUUAUGUAUUUUUUGAGAGACCAUACAAGCUGCCAGUUUAAAAGUGUGAUGGAUAUUGCAGGGGUUGAUUAUCCUGAGCGCACGUAUCGUUUUGAAGUUGUUUAUAACAUGCUGAGUGUUCGACAUAACGCACGUAUUCGUGUAAAGACCUAUGCGGACGAGACAACACAUGUCCCGAGCAUUGUUGAGCUUUUCCAGGGUGCAAACUGGUAUGAACGAGAGGCAUAUGAUAUGUAUGGUAUUUUUUUCGUCAAUCAUCCAGAUCUUCGAAGGAUUUUAACAGAUUAUGGUUUUGAGGGUCAUCCGCUUCGGAAAGAUUUCCCCUUGACAGGCUAUACAGAAGUCCGUUAUGAUGAGGAAAAGAAAAGGGUGGUUGUUGAGCCGCUUGAAUUGACACAAGCCUUCCGAGAUUUCCGAGGGGGAUCAAGUGCAUGGGAUCAGAUUGGGGAUGGACAAGAUGAUCGGCCAGACAAAUUUAAAAUACCAUCUUCAAAGAAACCUGUUUAA